GGGGGGGACGCGGCUUCCCUACCGCAGCCCAACACAGGCGGGUGUGAACCAGACCCAGCCUGAGGCAUUUUGUCAGAAGUACUCCCCCCCCCCCCAACAAACAAAACACCGCUGCCCUCCGCGUGGUAAAUACACCCCCAUGUCUCCGCUUCAUUGGCAAACUACUCUCCUGGCACAGACGCUGCCUCCCACUAUUACACCUCAGUACUGGCUGUUCAAUAUUUCAGCCGCCCGCAGACACAGGCAGUAACUCCAGCUGUCAGAGGGCCGGGUCCUACUUUAUUACUGGCCAUGGUCCUAUAAAUCUGACUACCCUGGGCAAGAGUUUGGAGACACCAUGGUUUGCUGCUGGUCUUACAAGUCCUCAGUCUCUUCAGUCACUAGGCUUCAGGAAGGCCCCUUUGUGUACCUGUCUUUAAUAGGAACAGUGGCAGAGUCAGACAACAUAUUUGCCUCUCUGUGGAAAGAAUAUGGAAGAGCAGAUGCAAGGUGGCUUUAUUCUGAUCCAACCAUUGUGUCUCUGGAAAUACUAACUGUUGUUUUGGAUGGCCUUCUAGCACUGAUCCUCAUUUAUGCUAUUAUCAAAGAUAAGUACUACAGGUGUUUGGUCCCGAUCUGUUUGUAUUCCACUACCUGCCCUCCACCCCAUCUGCUUCACAUCACAUCUGGGUUUGUGGUAAAGAAGGAACUAGAGAAAUGGUCAGUCUUCACCUCUCCUUAUACCUUUGGUACUGAGCACAAGGAACACCAGAGUGCAGGUGUGGAUCAAAGAACACUAUUUGCCAGUGUUCUGGUCUCAGGCACAUGGAGUGCAUGCUUACCCCCAUGUGGAAUACAGGUAAGGAUCACACAUCUUGAAGAACCUCCAGGUACAGGUAAGUAACCUCUAUUUUCUUCUUAAAGUCUUGUCAUAUUGAAAAUUAUUUGGAUAAGAAAAUAAAUACUGGGUUCAUGUAUGUUUAUAUACACACAAGCACCUUGAACUAGGUAUAGCACUAUUGCAAAACUGUUUGCCAGUCAGUCAGUCCUGUCUACCGACACAUUCAACAGUGUUGAGAACUUGGUUACCACAUAGUUGUGUCCUGGCAUGUUAAAAACAGUUUUAUUUUGUACAGAAUCUUAAUGUGGUUCUUUAAUAUAGAUAGAAGCUGGGGCCUAAGCGGCACUGGUAAAGUAAGCAUAUUUCAUCCACUUAUGGUGGCUUAGUAAACUCUGUGAGUUUAAUGUAAAUAUUGCUUGUAAAGAUUAGCAGACCAAAAAAUUAGCUGGUUAAGUUGUACAGGUUAAAAAGAAUAUUAGUGCUUUGACCGACUCUGUCUGGCAAACAGAAGGAUUGCAAUAAUCCCCCUCACAUGGACUAUGCAUAGGGACGAGCACUCGAAGAAGAAAUGGAGGUUAGUUACCUGUAACUGGAGGUUCUUUGAGAUAUUUGGUCCCUAUCUCUAUAAAAAGCAACACAGGGUCCUGUGGCACCUUUAAGACU